GUUUAAUUGUCAUUUUUCAAGGUGUAAUAAAAUGCGAGACAGAGUUAUUCAAAGGGAGGUAAUUAAAUAUUGCUGAACUGCACACGUUGAAUUUCUUUUUCUCCAUGCGAUAGGCUACUAUUACGCAAAAGCGAUGGUGAUGAUCUUAUCAAAAAAGGACUAUUUCAUGUACAACUUUGUAAUUUGUCUUGGAAAACCUAGCCACAGCAUAUAAAUGUAUAGGCUACCGGUACUAAGGUCUAAAAUUUCUACUGAAUUGAGGAAUAAUAUCAAUGAUUUUUUUUUUCACACUCACAGUCACACUGCCCGGUUGCUAUUUCACUAAUUUCAGGUCAGGGCUACACUUAGUUCCUUUAGGAAAGGUGUCUGAUCGGACUACAUGUAUGUCCUUUCACCAUUCCUGUUCAUCCCUAUUAAGUUGCAAUAAUAAUAAUAUACACUGUAAGAAUUCCACUUUACCCCAGUCCCACCUCUGUUCUGAACUACAACAUUCUGUGAAAUCCGACAUCGGUUUCAUGUCCAGAUUUAUUUCCUUAUUACUUCAGCCAAAAAUCUUUGAGUAUUCUGUAUUCUGAAUAUUCCGAAUUACGACACCAAUCAGUCGCAACGUCACACGAUUUCGAUUGAAUCAACAUUCCGGGUCCUGCCUUCAGUCCGUUGGUGUGAAGCCACAAAAGAUUAACAAGCAAUUACCAAUCAAUUAUCGAUGUUGGAUGAAAAUAACCAAUUAAUUCAGACAAUAGCUGAUUACCAGAGUAAAGGCAAGGCUACAGAAUGUCUACAGUUUCAACAAAUUCUUCACAGAAAUUUGGUUUACCUGGCUACUGUUGCUGAUUCAAAUCAAAAUGUUCAAGCUCUGUUACCUGCACCAGGUCAGAUGAACAGUAGUAACGCUGGUAAUAUGCCACCCAAUCAGUCAAAUCCAAUGAGACCACCUGGUAAUCAGAUGCCACCAGGUGGUUCAAUACCUGGUUCUAAUCAGAUGCCACCUGGAUCUGGUCCAAGUCAAGGAAUGCCACCAAGUAGUCAAGCAGGGUUCAAUAACUCUAUGCCAGGACCUCAAGCCCAGGGGAAUACAGGCUAUCCAAGACCUAAUAUGGUACAGCCACCAAUUCAAGGUUCAGCACCAACUGGCAUGAUGAAUCCAGGUCAGGGAAUGGGUAACCAAGGGAACAUGCCCCAUUAUAACCCACAAGGUGGAUAUCCAAAUCAACAACAACCUAUGAUGUCACAACAGCAACCUAUGAUGUCUCAGCCAAAUCAACCAAUGAUGUCUCAAAGUGGAGGUCAGAUGAUGAAUAGCCAAUCGGGACCACAGAAUAGUAAUAUGAUGGGUAACCGACAGAUGCCUCCAAAUGCAUACCGACGUCCACAAGGACCUGGACAACAAUUUAACCAACAGAACUAUCCCCCACAACAGAUGGGAUCCCAGCAGUCAUACAACAACCCACAAGGUCAAGGCAACUUCAAUCAACCCCAGGCGUAUAAUCAAGGGUCAAACAUGCCUCCUCAAGGACAGUAUUAUCCCCAGGGACAGUCACAACAACGGUUCCCUCAUUUUAAUCGACAGGGCAAUAUGCCAGCAGGAGGAAAUAUGCCAAACAAUCAGAUGGGAGCAAGUGGGCAGUUACCAGGAGGUGGGAUGCAGCCUAUGCCUCAAGGACAGAUGGGUAACCAAAUGCCUAGUCAAGGACAAAGUGGUAAUUUUCAGUAUAAUCAGGGACAGUUUUAAUGACCUUACUUCAUAGUGACUGUUUCAGAUUUAUUAACUGAUUUCGAAACCACCAAAUUAUUAAAAAUCAUUUUAGAUAUAGUUUCAGCCAAUUGGAUACUAUUUAAUUUGGCAUUGCAUAGUCAUUAGACUAAAUCCCCACCAAUCCAGGAUCAUUCUUAAACAAGGGUAUCAUAUCUUUUUGGGGUAUUUGACCUUCAUCAUCAUUUUUUAAGAUCUCUGUUGCAAAUUCUAGUCAACCCACAAAACUAUAGUUACUCCAUUUUUUUUUUUCAAGAAAAGUGGAGGUGAUCAGUUGAAUACUUUUGUACAUAUAUCAGAAAUGAGUAUUUUGGUCUGUGUGGGUUUGAAGUUUAAGAAAGAAUUGGGCCAUGACCAGAUAGUACCAAGUAUUUUUGUCACAUUGACAAUUUGUGUAAAUUAUUCCAGCUAUCCUUGUGGCUUACUGUUUCUGUAAAGAUGCAUUUAAAGAGAUGGUCAUUCUUGCUAUAAUAGUUCAAAAUGAACAUAUUGAAAAUUUCAGUGAAAUUACUUAAGUUAAGGAAGUUUAAAGUUUUGGCAAAUACCAUUGCUACGAUGAUAAACAGUUUUGAGUAUCCAUUUUAAAGAUAGAUUAUAAUAUGGCCAUGGUAUUCUAAUCCAUUCAAAAUCACUACCCUCGGAUUGUCGAGAAAGAUAAUUAAGGGCUUGUCUUGUGAAUGAAUUCCUAAUUAAUAAUUAAUGUAAUAUUUGCAACUAGAAAAAGACCUAUUGGUAGGGUGACCCACCAUAAAUAAAUAUCUCCAUAUAUCUCGACAAUUACGCCACAAUAUUUAUAUAUAUGCCAAGCCUCAAAUCAGUUUCUCACAAUUAUAGUCACUAAAUAAACGAUCAUGUUGUACUUAAUAAGCUAUGACCAUUAAUCAUGUAUAAAUAAUAGACUGAAAACUGGUUCCAAGAGUCGUCCAUAACAUCCAGACACUUUUGAGUAAAAGAUAGGUUACGUGCCCUUGUUUUGAAAUUAGUCUCGCUUAACCAGUCUAUCGACCAUUCUACGUCUGAUUGACAGGUCGGGAUAAUCAAGACUACUUUUUUACGAAACGUAACAGAAAGCUAGAACAAGAAAUUGAAUUUAGAAAUAAGGACGUUAGGUAGCUCAACAAUCGUUUUAAGAAGCUUGUAAAAGUAAAAUGAAACUACUGCUAGUAUCAUGUUCCUGCCUAACCCGAGUGAUUCAGAGAUAUUAUUUGUACUAAACCAAAAGAUGCCGCUCUUAACGGUACAGUUAAUGAUAAAGCGAUUUAAAAAAAUGAAACGAACGUAAUUUCUAAAUCUGCUGUAAUAACCAAGAAGCUUAAUUUAACUGCUAUUCAAAAUCGUCAACAAUAAAUUUUUUACGGCUGUAAUAGUUGAUAGAUUUUAGAGAAUUGCACGUGCCAUGGCUAUUUAUAGUAUCAUACUGUCAGAAAGUUGGUCUCGGCACGGCGAAUGUGCACGCUUCAGUGGUAGUCUCGAACUAUCAGCGGUAGACUGUAUUUCUGUGAGUACAUGGGUCACCCUACUAUUGGCAGAAUUAACUCUUACAUAAUGCAUCCUUAGUAUCCUAUUUGAUGUGACAGAUUACUUAAAAAUUUGCUUUAAACAUUAUAUUGGCUUCAUUUAAUAAAUGUUCAAAUGAGAUUAAUUGUAGAUUUAUAUACUGACUGUAUAUUUGGAGAUUAUUUUUUUUAAAAAAAAGUUUGUUAUAAAUACUGAGAAAAAAAAAGGUUUAUUUGUAAAUAUAUACUGUGACACAAGUGCCAGCCAACACUUAUCACUUUUAAAAUUUGUAAAAUGAUUUGAUGUUUGAGAUAAUUUGCUUAGUGCUAUAUUAGUACUAUAAUACAUGUAUGUACAUAUAUUGUUCAGGUCCUUGUUGCAGAAAGUACAUUUAAUGCUUACACUAUUGAUAAAAUUUAAAGACAAUAAUAAAAAUAUUGCUAUUUCAAACUAUUGGGGAUUUGGCUGUCAUUGUAUAAACAAUUGAUGCCUUUAUACCCGACACUGCAAGUUUAGCUGUGUUUGAGUGACAGGUCGACAUAUUACAAGGGCGAUUGCUAUCAUCUGUCAUUAUGUUGUCAUCUAAGCAACUUUUUUCAGAUGCCACACCUUGUCUUGGAAUAAUAUCACUAGGCCCACUUCCCUGUUAGUUAGGUUGACUGAAAUUUUGGAAUGCAAAAGAAGUAACAAUAAAAAGACAUACAGAAAAAGAGCAUAACUGAUUAAGCUGAUUUGGGUGUGUCUAAUUCUUGAGCACACAUUUUCUUAGACAGCUCUGUUGAACUUAUAUGGAUGUAAAUUGAUGUAUUCUUUUUGCAAUGAGACCCUGGUUUGUUUAAUUCACUGCCAGACUGCUGUUAUAUUAGCUAUUAUUUAAUUGUAUUCAUCUUGAACCACGAGUAUUAGUAUAGAAAAUUUUAUUACAUCGAAAGUAGAUUGUAAGGUUAUACUGCUAUAGUGAGUAGCAGAUUUACCAUCAAAUUUGAUGUAAACUGGGUGAUGUUUUCAUUCCGUUAUUUGUUGUUUACUCCAUUAACAUCUAGAAACAUGAUUAUGAGAAUUUUAAUCUGGACCUUUGUUGACUUUAUAAUACAUUAGGCAAAAAUAGAAGGAUGAAUAAUAUAUAUUGUCUCUUAUUACAUUUUAUGUAUGAUGGAUUUUGAUGGUAUGUGUAUUUUUAGUCGACUAGUCUUGCAUAUUACUGUGCAAUAAGAGAUCUCUUUAGACUGAAAAAGAUUUAGGUGUACCUUUAUUGGGAAAAAAAAAACCCAAACAAAAUGUCAACAUAAUUUUAAUUGGCAGAAUAAUUUUUUGGUUUGGCUUUCAUAAAUUCAAGGUUUCAGUGCACUAAAAUGAUUUGUGUGAAUUUGUACAGUUUUAGAGAUGUUUUUGUGCCACCCAUGAUAAAAAUCAUAUGUUCAGUUGUUGUGUUUAAUUAUUUGAUUCACUGUUUUGGUAAAAACUUUUAAUAUACAUUGCCUUUGCAAAUUGAUUGCUUCUAUCCAUGUAUGUAAUUAUUCACACAGAAUAGGAAAAGUGCUAAAAUGUUUUUCUUUGAUUUUGUUUUAAAAAUUAGCUCAGCUUUGUAUUUACCACAGAAUGUACCAGUGUUUUUUUGGUAGUAUAUUAGGCUAAUUAAAAUAAAUUACUUGUUUUUCAUAAGGUGGUGCAGGGAAUUUAAACUUGAGAUUGUUCUUUCUGUAAAGUCCAAGGUGAACAAAGCAGAUAAGAUAAAACAAAUUUCUAAAGAACAAUAUUUUUCCAAAUCUUAACAUGACUGUUUACUUUCAAAAUUUUGGUAUGUUUAUUGUGCUUUAAUAUUAUAAGUUCAUACUUCUCUGAGUCAAUAAUUUUUUUAUUACUUCAUUUUAUGUCUUUCAAUUAUCAAUCAAAAAAAAUUGGUUUCCAAAAUAUACCAGAAGUGUUAAAUACAUGUAUACAUUACAGUAUUAUAUGAGAUGUGCCUUGCAUGCUUUUCUAUAGUUAAAUCUUUCAAAUAAAUCCUAUAUAUGACCGGACACAACACAAGACUUACAAUAAUGGGAAUUGAUAUGUUUGAGGUAUUAAUGUUUUGUAGAACAAUAUAUUUAUGUUUUUGUGUAAAUUUAGCAACAAUUUGCAGACAAAAGAAACUAAGUAAGGUUAACUGCAUAUUAUACAAGACAGUCCUAGCUCUAGUUAGAGAAAUAUAAGUAUGUCCUUUUUUGUGAAUCCUAAUUAAAAUUUAGUGGAUUGUUGAAAACCUAUAUUUUCAUCUCUUUUAUGGAUAAAGCAAAAAUUAGAAUGUGUCUAUAUAUUUGAAUCGAAAUCAGUGCCACAUUUUAAAGGAAAGUUAUUCAAUUUUAUAUAGAAUACCACAAGUGAACCAAAAAUUGUAUUUUAAAGGACUGACAUUAUUGGAACUGGUCUACAGUUACAAAUAUCGUAUUUAAGUCAUUCCUGUGAAUCUCACACUAACAUAGAUAUUUAUUAACGAGAAAUGGUUUUCAUUCAAUUGUAAAAAUAUUUGUUUGGAAUAAAUUGGUAAAAGGGUG